UCUUUGCUGUGAUUUGGCUUGAUGAAAUAAUUAGGUUAGAAGUUAGAAAAUAAAAUAAUAUUAAACUUAAGACAUCAAGCAUUAACUUGUGUUCAUUUUAACCUUUACAAUUGCCGAUUAUUUACAUAUAAGAUUUGACGUUUCAAAGUUUUCGAUCAAUUUUUCAAUAAUAAGUUCCAGCAAGUUGCAGUGUUCAAAGUGGUUACUAAAGUUUCAAACAAAAAGCUAGAAAACAUUAACAUCAUAAUACAAAAAGAUAUUCGUUGAAUACAAUUACUCAAAUUUGCAAACCAGCAAUGCCAGCCAGUAGCAUCGACUUAUUUCACAUGCAAGAUGCCAAAAAUAAUUUCAACGCCAUGCGACCUGCUCCAGUUUGCAGUGAUACUACUAAUCAAUUAAUGGGUCAUUGCCAUAACGUUCACAUAUCUAAAAGCUGCUACUACGGCUAUCAAGAAACUAAGAAUUCAGAAAACGUAUACAAUACUGACUGCGAAAUGAAAGAAGCACAUGUAAUCAACGAUACGAGUUCUUCACCAAAAAAUGGCAAGAAGCGAUGUGCAGAAUAUUUCGUCUAUCCUGAGAGCAAGCGGUUGCGAGAAGAGGGUAUGGUGCCAACGACCUCCACCCACAAUCCGCGAUUACUACGACCAACUCACAACAAUCCAGAUAUUUCUCGUUGUCUCAUGGUCCAUAUGAUUUAAAAAAUAUUCAAUUCUCAGAAAAAUGACAAAAAAAAAUUAAUUCAGCAAUGUCCAUUUUAUCUGCAGAAGUACAAACAAAGAAAAAUAUUGAACCUGAGACAACUGAGAAUCCAAGAAUUAAUUCAAGCAAUGAAGAUUUACUGGAAAACCUUUAUUGGAACCUGCAUGGUGGACAUAUGUUUCAUCUUUGUUAUGUCUGUGACUAAUAUUAGUGAUAAAGUGUGAUAAGACUAAAAGGAUGAUAUCAAAAUUGAAAUUUUACUAUGUUUUUGUUAAUAUAAAGUUCUUUAGUGAUUUAAAAUAAAGAAUACAUAGGAGAGGGGAAGCUUUUUAUUUUUAUUAUAGUAAUAAAAUACAAUGUAUUGGACAUAUGUAAUGUUUAUUGUAGUAAAAUAAAUAUUACGUGAACAAAUACAAGAUGUACAGUUUAAGAGAUAAUAAGAAAAACAUUAAAUUUUCAUUAUAAAAUAUGCCAGCAAUUCCUGAAACUUCUUAGUUUUUUAAUCUGUAAGAAAGAAAAACUGUAAUUAAUUUCUGUCCAUUUUAUUUUUUGUUACAGAUGCUGAUGAAGAUCUAAUAAAAUAUAGUUUCUUUCAGGCUCCACCUAAACGAUAUUGGAGCUCAAACAGCUCCAUGUUUAGGUGUUUAGUGAUUAUUUGACUAUAUAUUAAUAUCACCUUUUUGCUUUUCAGAUGUAUCUUCCAUGUGCAGCCGUGUUGGCACACGGUCAAGCCCGAGCCACUCUGCCUCUGCCUUUAAUAUAAACAUAUCACAAUUUUAUAUUCUGUUUUGGAUAUUUAAAUUUGCUUUUGAUAUUAACUGAUAGCAAACAAAUGAAACUGUUUAACUGUGUAAAAUUAUUGAAAUUUAGUCGUGAUGUGAUGCAACUGUAGCCAGAGAUGAGGAAUAAAAGAUUUGUAAAUUAAA